AUGAGUUCUCUUCCAGCCAUCCUCACGCCAUCGCUGCUCUCUUCGAUCCGCAAUACUCCCAAUCUGCCAAGCAACACAUGGUAUCUGAUUGCAGCAGCCACUCUCACUCAGCUCAACCGGCCCGAUGAAGUCUCUAAGAUCUAUCAACAUGCUCUGAAUAACGGUUCCGAUCAUGCCGAAUACGUUUUGAGUUACGACGAACAGCUCAGAGUCACCCGUCGACUGCGUGAGGCUUUGAUCAAACUCACCGCCAUAGGCGGUGUCCCCAGGACAAUCAAUGCCCUGCAGGAAUUGAAGAAAGUGACUCCACAGGAGCUAUUGGACGAACCUGAAGUUACGUCCCCUACAAACCGGCGUUCGGAGGUGUUUGAAACUCCCACCUCAGAAAUCCUCCAGCGUGGCCAGAGCUUCUUCGACAGGCUUUAUGGCAAGGUUGCGCCUAGGGUCUUACGGCAGAUGUUCCAGUCUGGGACAGAAGACCUUGGGUUGGUGGCUCAGCUUAUGUAUGGCUACAUUCUGAGCAACACCACUUUGCUUAGCGCGGCAGAAACCUCAUUUGUCAUGAUAGCUGGUUUAAUCCCACAAGAUGUGCCCCUUCAACUCAAGGGGCAUCUGCGAGGUGCUCUCAACGUUGGAGCAACUGUCGAGCAGGUCAGAGCUGUCCGAAAGGUUGCAAUCGAGAUCUGUGAGGCCUCGGGGAUGAGAAUGCUUGACAGCAGCAGCCUUGCGGGCUUUGGUUGGAGAAGCGAGAUCGUUGAUCUUAAGGUCUAA